AUGUUGCCGCCCGCCGAUCCCGACCACGCGACUGCUGCGUCAGACGCCCCCGAUGUGUCUGACGUCGUCUCAUCGUCUGACGAGUCCGACUACCUCGACAGUGCCGUGUCCCGGAAGCGAAGAAGGACCUCGCCUUCCCCGGUGCCCCAAGUUGACGAUGAGGAUGAAGACGAAGACGAGGAGGAGCUGAAGCAGGUGCUUCCCACGAUUCAAGCUCCCUCGCGAAUCAAGAAAAAUACCAAAAAGGACCAGAAGGAUGUUCCAGCGAAAGCUCAAAAAGCCCCCCAGGCUUCAGUUCUCGCCCCUACCGAUCCUAAUACUACCUUCUCAGCGAUCAAUGUUCGCCCAUGGUUAGUCCAGUCGUUGGCCAAUAUGGCCAUCAGGCGGCCGACGGGUAUUCAGAAGGGCUGCAUCCCUGAGAUUCUCAAGGGCAGAGAUUGCAUUGGUGGUAGCCGAACAGGUUCAGGAAAGACGGUUGCGUUUGCGGUGCCUAUCCUCCAGAAAUGGGCAGAAGACCCUACUGGUAUCUUUGCCGUCGUCUUGACGCCCACUCGUGAGCUGGCCCUUCAGAUCUAUGAACAGAUCAAGGCCAUCUCGUCUCCCCAGAGCCUCAAGGCCAUCCUCGUCACAGGUGGAUCCGACAUGCGAGCUCAAGCCAUCGAGUUGGCCCAGCGGCCUCACGUGGUGAUUGCGACUCCAGGCCGUCUGGCGGAUCACAUCCGAACGUCUGGAGAAGACACCAUUUGUGGAUUGAGAAGAGUUCGCUAUGUUGUUCUCGAUGAGGCAGAUCGCUUGCUCAAUGGCACCGGAACCGGCAGCAUGCUCCCCGACGUUGAGGAAUGUCUCUCCGUCCUGCCACCGGCCACAGAGCGACAGACACUUCUCUUCACUGCUACCAUAACUCCGGAAGUCCGGGCGUUGAAGAACAUGCCUAUCAAGCCGGGGAAGCAACCGGUCUUUGUAUGCGAGGUUGAUACCCAGAUGUUGGCCAUUCCUGCGACCCUGAAGCAGAUGCAUCUCCAAAUUCCGGUCACCCACAAGGAACACUAUUUGCACACCUUCCUGCUCACUGACGCCAAUGUGGAAAAAUCAAUCAUCUUGUUCUGCAACAGGACCUCGACAGCGGACUACCUCCACCAUCUACUGAGAAUGCUUGACCACCGAGUCACCUCACUCCAUUCCAAGCUUCCCCAGAGGCAGCGAAUCGACAACCUGGGCCGCUUCCGAGCGGCGGCAGCCCGGAUCCUCGUCGCCACCGACGUCGCCGCUCGUGGUCUCGAUAUCCCCGAGGUCAGCCUUGUCAUCAACUAUGAUAUCCCCCGCGACCCCGAUGACUACAUCCACCGAGUGGGCCGUACUGCGCGUGCGGGACGCAAGGGUGAGGCUGUUACAUUUGUGGGACAGCGGGAUGUGGAGCUCGUACUCGCAAUUGAGGAGCGUGUCGGUCGUCAGAUGGAGGCAUGGGAGGAGGAGGGUGUCAACUUGGAGACGCGUGUAAUCCGGGAUGCCCUCAAGGUGGUGGGCGAGAAGAAGCGAGAGGCUCUUCUGGAGGUGGAAGAGGGACGAGAGGUUGGCGGAAAGAGAAAACGUGUGAAGCAGAAGCUUCGAGCAAACUAG